UCCCCAAUCACAAACCCUAACCACAGCCGCCACCCCACCAAAUCACCCGUCUCGCACGGCAACCCACCAGAGAGAGAGAGAGAGAGAAAGCGCGGAUCUGCGCGAUGGCGACGCUCCAGCACCAGAACCAGGGGGCGGCGGCGCCGAUGACCACGACCGGCGGCGGCCUGCGCGCCAUGGACCUCUACGAGAAGCUGGAGAAGGUCGGGGAGGGCACCUACGGGAAGGUGUACAAGGCCCGGGAGAAGGCGACGGGCCGGAUCGUGGCGCUCAAGAAGACGCGCCUCCCGGAGGACGACGAGGGUGUGCCCCCCACGGCGCUCAGGGAGGUCUCGCUGCUGCGGAUGCUGUCGCAGGACCCGCACGUCGUGCGCCUGCUCGACCUUAAGCAGGGCCAGAACAAGGAGGGCCAGACCAUCCUCUACCUCGUCUUCGAGUACAUGGACACCGACCUCAAGAAGUUCAUCCGCGGCCACCGCCAGAACCACCAGAAGAUCCCUGCCCACACCGUCAAGAUCCUGAUGUACCAGCUCUGCAAGGGCGUGGCUUUCUGCCACGGACGCGGUGUCCUGCACCGUGACCUCAAGCCGCACAACCUGCUCAUGGACCGCAAGACCAUGGCUCUCAAGAUCGCCGAUCUUGGGCUCAGUCGUGCCUUCACGGUUCCUCUCAAGAAGUACACGCACGAGAUCCUUACUCUGUGGUACAGAGCUCCUGAGGUCCUUCUUGGCGCCACACACUACUCCACGCCCGUUGACAUGUGGUCUGUGGGCUGCAUAUUUGCUGAAUUGAUCACUACCACGGCACUUUUCCCUGGAGACUCUGAGGUGCAGCAGCUCCUGCACAUUUUCCAGUUGUUGGGCACUCCAAAUGAGGAGGUCUGGCCAGGAGUAGGCAAGCUCCCCAACUGGCAUGAGUACCCUCAGUGGAACGUCUCAAAGCUGUCUUCUGUAAUUCCCAGUCUCGAUGCCGUUGGUAUUGAUCUGCUUGAGAAAAUGCUGCAGUAUGAGCCGGCAAAGCGGAUCUCUGCAAAGAAGGCCAUGGAGCACCCAUACUUCGAUGAUGUGGACAAGGCGCUGUACUGAAGCUGUCUUGGUGGCUAACAAGAAGCGGAUUUCUUGUGAUUUGUGCUUGUCCUGAAGCAUAUCUUUUGCUUCCAGGACAGGCAUUUUUACCUCUGUUAUUCCAGCUGCCAUUUAGUUUGCACCACUGACUGAUGGUUGUGAUGGAUAGUGGCUAUGGAACUAUGCAUAAUUAAACCCCUCUUGUCAGGUGUCAAACACUGGUCUUGUGAAGCACUGCUUCUGCUUCUGCUUCAAAAUCAGGCUUUAUACUGUAUGCCAUUCAUUUCUGUUUCUGAUGGAAAACUUGAUAAAUAUAAAAGACUUCUGAGACUUGGUGAA